AUGUGUUGUUAUCUAAUCCAAACAAAUAAAUCAGUACGAGUGAGAGAAAACAUUCAUCGUUGCCAAAAAGAACACGAUGAACAUUUGUUAAUCUCAGUAACCGAAACCCCGAGCCAACCGUCGUAUUUCGCCCAAAACUCGGGAACACCGUCAUCGGUCAAAGUGCCAUCCAACACAGACUCCAACACAAUACCGGCCGUACCAUUGGACAUCGCUCUGCAACAGCACUUGAACAACCAACAUCACCAACAGCUGUCAGCCGAGCAUAAUAUCGGUUCCACGGAUACGCUGACGCCUCAAGAACUGUACUCGCUUUUAAACGGUAACCAGGCCGCCGCCGCCGCCGCCGCGGUGGUACCGCAGACCACUUAUAUGGUACCGCAACCUGUCAUGUACGCUGUACCACAACCACAGCCAUUGGACCUGCAAGUCGGCCACCAACUCCAGUACCAGGCACAGCCAGUCCAACUACAGUACGCACARCAGGCUGCAGCCACGGGUGUCCAGUUGCAGUACGCGCAACCGGCAGCCGCCGAACUGCAGUACUUGCAGCCGCAAACGGUCCAAUACCAGCCACAAGCAGUCCAAUAUCAACCACAAGCAAUCCAAUAUCAGGUUCAAUCCGACCACUUGCAGCAGCCGUACCAGCAACAAUCGGCCGAACAGUACAGCACGCAGACUUCGGCUGCGGAAAUAUCAGCGCAAAAACAACAACAGCAACAGGAACUUAUACAACAGCAACAGGAGCAGCAACAGCAACAGCAGGAGCAGCAGCAGUAUUCGCAGCAACAACAGGCCCAGUUGCAGCAACACGAGCAACUAAAACAACAGCAACAGGCAGAACAACAGCAGCAGCAACAACAGCAGCAAAUAGAAAACGACGUUCAGUACCAGCAGGAACAAGAUGACUACGAACCCAGGAACGGGGACAAGGGGUCGGUCGAACAGCCGCCUGCAGCUGUGUCGGAUGCCGAUGAACACGACCAGAGGAAGUUGCAGAGCAUCCGGGACCAGUAUUACUCGGCCGUACCCAACGAACAGACAGCUAGCGUACUGGCGCAGAUCGCCCAGUCGGCGGCCAACAACGACGUGGCGGUGGCUGCAGAUGAACCGGGUCAAGUGACGGAUGCGGCAAAACCCGCGGAAAAGUCGCCAACCGAUCAAUCGGCGGUACAUAUGCACACUUCGGUUCAGAUUCAACAGUCGGUGCCACUUUACGAGGGCACGUACGCAUCGUCGAGGCGCACCAACCAAGAGUAUGCGGACGAGGGCGGCGAGCCUGACGAGCUGAUGGAAGGCAGCGAAUCGGUGGCCGUCUCCGAGUCUUCGUCGUCCUCGGUCAACGGACACGCUCCCAAUCAGUUCCCGUACAGUGCAGCCAAGAUAAACGCAUUCGCCUCCAACUAGUCCUGGAUAAGUACAAUUUUUGCCCAUCCGGAAAUCCGUAUGACGAGACUUCGGUAUAUAUGAACUAGCUCACAUAUAAUUAUUAUCAAAGCUAUUAUUGUUUGUGAAGCGACACUAAAAUAUUGUUUUAUAGUUAAUAUUUUUUAUUUACUAAUUUAUUUUCCGAUGACAGAACAUCGAUGUCUGUCUUCGUAUCGGACCGCAAUGAAAUGUAUUUAUUUUCGUUUAGACUCUUAUUGAUCGAAACGGACGCCAUCGACACUCAAUAUAUUAUGCGGCUUAUAUAGUGACAGACACGCUAAAUUAUUUAUUUAUACUUUUUUAUACUUAUUUUAGUUUAUAUAAAUUAUUAUUAUGCUAUUUUUUUUAAGACUAAACUACAUGAACGAUUGCUCAAAUUUGAAAUUAUGACCCACAGGCCAUGGUCACGUGGCAUUUUUCUGGGCGUUAACGGGCUGAAUAUUGUGUAGAUCGACAUGAACAUAAGUCACAUUGAUACUUAAAGACUUAAUAAGUUAAAUUGGUGCAAAAAAUAGUUACGCUAAACAAUAUAGGUACCGUUAGCCCCAACACAGAUUCUAAUACUAAUUUCAAUAGGUAAUGAUAUUUACGUAA